GCAGCAGCGGCGGCGGCGAGCGAUGAGCGAGAAACGCGAACACCUCUACAAGAUCCUCGUCAUCGGCGAACUCGGCGUCGGAAAGACGUCGAUCAUCAAGCGAUACGUGCACCAGUUCUUCUCGCAGCACUACCGCGCGACCAUCGGAGUCGACUUCGCGCUCAAGGUCAUCAACUGGGACGCAGACACGCUCGUGCGGCUGCAGCUCUGGGACAUCGCCGGCCAGGAGCGAUUCGGCAACAUGACGCGCGUCUACUACAAGGAGGCGGUCGGCGCGUUCGUCGUGUUCGACGUGACGCGCGCGUCGACGUUCGAGGCCGUGCAGAAGUGGAAGAACGACCUCGACGGCAAGGUGCAGCUCGCCGACGGCACGCCGAUCCCGUGCGUGCUGCUCGCGAACAAGUGCGACCAGACGAAGGAGGGGCUGGUCGCGAACGCGGCGCAGAUGGACGACUACUGCGGCGAGCGCGGCUUCGCUCGCUGGUUCGAGACGUCGGCGAAGGAGAACGUGAACAUCGACGAGGCGGCGCGUUUCCUCGUCACCCGCAUCCUCGCCAACGACCGCGCGCUCGCGUACGACGACGCCGCCGCCGCGGGUGGCGUCGCCGCCGGCGACAGGGUGCGACUGGGCAGCGGCGGCGGCGCGGGGGCCGGCGGCACGGAGAAGAAGGGAGGCUGCUGCUCCUGAGUUGUCGUCGUCGUCGUCGUCGCGGGCGCGAGGAGUCCUACAUCCCUGCCGCCGCUGCGGGGAAGGGUUCGGCGUGCGAGCGUUUUGCGGAGGACGGCAGGCGGCGCCCCCUGUCUUCACGAGUCGGGGAUAGCGCGUGGGCGACGUGGCGUGCCCCAGAAAAUCUUGCUGGUGUGCUAAUCAUGAAUGGCAAACGGUGGCGAUGCUUAAAUUGAACUAUAUAUGUUUUGUUGUUUGUCGGGAUGGAGGGGGAGGGGGUAUUAUUUUUUUUAUAUCGCGACGUUAGAGUAAAUUAGCCGGUUGCUGGCGUGUUAGAGGCGCGGUGUUGGAGCGACGUUAGAGAGAAUUAGCCGGUUGCUGGCGUGUUAGAGGCGCGGUGUUGGG